AUCAACAAAAAUCCAACCUCACUUUCAUCUGUCAUAGCUUUGUUGUCUUUUACACAAGUUUAUUAUAAUGUCGAUUAACUCGUAUAAUGAAUUAAUUACAGAAUGACGACAUCAAGUGAAAGUUCUCUUAGCAGCCGCAAAUCAGUGAAUCGAAACUUCCACUGUUGUCACCGUUAUCACUAAGUACAUUGUGCAAUUGCAUGACUCACUGGAUAUGUUGGACACAAUAGGUUUACUGGUGCUAACGGGUCUGCUGUGGGGGUGCACCAACCCCUUCAUCAAGCGAGGCACGAAGGGUCUGCGCGACGUGCGAGCUGGCACUUGGCCCGCACAGGCCUGGGCUGAAGUCUGCUUUCUGCUCGGGAAUUGGAGGUACGUGUUGCCAUGGCUGGUGAACCAACUGGGCUCGCUGGCGUACCUGUUCGCCGUGCGUCGCGCGCCGCUCUCACUGGCGGUGCCGGCGGCUAACGGGCUGGCGUUCGCCGCCACCGCCGCCACCGGAGCCGCUGCCGGGGAUCGGCCGCUAGACAGAGGUUCGAUUCUCGGGAUAGCGCUAAUCGUGGCGGGCACGGCGCUGUGUUGCUGGGACCAGGUGGACUAGCCUCGGCUGUUAUCAGGUUUUGUCACGUGAUAAAGAUGGCAUAAGACAUCAUGUAUGUAAGAUGUGAAUAAUUUAUUUUGACAGUUUGAAGUCUACGUUUUAUAACGGGGUUGUUAAUGUAAGGUAUAAAGUUAUGGAGGGUAGACGCUGUAUAAAAUGGUGCAAAAUAUUGUGACAUAAUUUUGACAGCUGUCAGAUGGAGUUGAAGUUGAACGGAUGUACGGCCUCCAAUAGAGUCCAUCAAGCUAACACAGCAGCAACUUGUACAGAACAAAGUGAGGGAGUGUCAUUAAACGUCAUAAUUUCAUAGACAUUCGACAUUGUCACACUCUGUCAUUGCAAAUGACAUGCAUAGUUAGCUUUGUCCGACUCUAACUAGGUUUUCAAGCUCUUACGUUUAAUUUGACAAUUAGCGCAGUACAGCGCCAUCUACGUCAGCUGUGAAAUUUGCGGCUACUACAUUUUGCACUAGGUACACUUAGUACCUUACGUAUUUGAGCAUUCCUUUGUCUGUGGAAGUAUUAAAAACAAAAUCUUUUUUCCAUAUACUUUAUUAAUUUCUCAUUUGUUUUCUACAUCUAUUUAUUGCGUCUAAAUGUUUCAAUAAAUAUUGCACGUCCGUACGUAUCUUAUUUAAUUACAAAUAAGUAGAGUUUAAUAGAGUCCAUCAAGCUAACAUAAUAGCAGCAACUUGUACAGAACAAAGUGAGGGAGUGUCAUUAAACGUCAUAAUUUCAUAGACAUUCGACAUUGUCACACUCUGUCAUUGCAAAUGACAUGCAUAGUUAGCUUUGUCCGACUCUAACUACUUUUUGACAAUUACCACAGUAUAGCGCCAUCUACGUCAGCUGUGAAAUUUGCAGCUACUACAUUUAUCACUAGGUACUUACGUGGUUGAGCAUUCCUUUGUCUGUGGAAUUAUUAAAAACAAAAUCAUUUUUUCCAUAUACUUUAUUAAUUUCUCUUUUAUUUUCUACAUCUAUUUAUUGCGUCUAAAUGUUUCAAUAAAUAUUGCACGUCCGUACGUAUCUUAUUUAAUUACAAAUAAAUAGGCACUGGAAAUAAUAUAUUUCGCAAAAUAUAAAAAAUAUACUUAAAUUCUACUUAUUACAUGCUUCAGGAGAUGUAGAAUUUGUUUCAAAUUUAAUUUAUAAUGUUAUGAUAGUACACAAGUCACGAACACAACUAUUACCUCAAUGUAUUUAAAUAAUACACCGAAAUACAAAUAUACUUUUA